AUGUUAAAAUGCCUAGUUGUGAUUCAACUGAUUAAAAUUUUAAAAGAAAUCGACUUUCUCAAAAAUAAACUAGUCAAACAGGGUUCGAUACCUUGUCCUGUUCAAAAUACUAGGCCUCAUGGGAUAACUCAAGAUUUGAAGACUGGUAUAUUGAAACAAUUAGAUGACAGAAUACCUCAAAACCGUUUGGCAUUUUGGGAAAAUCUUCCAAUAAACAAUACUUCAAUCGAUCUGAUAGAACAGAGGGAGCCUGAAGAUUGAAUAUUUUUAUAUUAAAAUUUAUUUUUUGAGGAGUAAUUUUAUUGUUUUCUUAAUACAAAAUGCUUAAAAAAUCUACUUGGUCCCUGGAACCCUGAGAUGGGAUUCGAAUCCAUGACCUUUCGCAAUCCAAGAGAUCUCAGGGUACCAUCCCAAGUGGAUUUUUUUAAAGCAUUUUGUAUUAAGAAUAUAUUUCAGUUUAGCAUUGUGAAUGUAAAAUUGAUCAAAUAUAAUUUUAUUGUUAUUUGGUUUUAAAAGAAUUCUGUUUUGUUACGAUAAAUGUUAGUAAUUAGUUUUGUGAUGUUCACCGAUUGGUUGGAAUUCCCAGCAGACGACGUGACCACUUUGGUACUGUCCAAUUCUGAGUCUUUCCACUCACUAUUCGCCACCUACACCUACUGUUCUCAGGAGGUGAAGAACUUGCCAGUCAACAGUCGCAAAUGCUAUUUGCACGACGAGAAACGACUGCGUCAUUUCGGCCGGUACCACAACAGCGACUGCGACCAUUUGUGUACGGCGAGUAACGUAGAAGCAACAUGCAACUGCAUACCCUCGUAUUUGCCUCAGGUGCCAGCUCAUCGACUGUGUACGCUCACCGCGUUGCCAUGCUACAUCGACGUUAACAAGCACAUGGACAUCUGGGUGGGGUCGGAGCAAUGUGAUUGUUUGCGAGAUUGUGAAUCACGCGUCUACUCUGUGGACAUGAUGCCGGGCAACCUGCGCGCGCGUAAAUACGCCCUAAGUGACAUCUAG